GGGAAGUAGCACGGAUUGCUCAUCCGAUCCGUGCCGCCGCAGCUAGUGUGUCAAGUUACAGAGGCGCCGGAAUCGGCCCCAGCGCUCCUCAGCGGUGGCCACGACCCACCUUUGCCCAUGGGGCCCUCCAUGUGCGCCCCUUCGCCCUGGGACUGAAACUGGCUCGCCCGGGAGACGCUUGACACCAAGAGGCACCGGCAGCGCAGAACCAACUCGAGGUCUCUGCAGAUACUUGAAGGGAAAGACGGGGCGGAGAGAAGGAGAGCCGGCCAGAUUCUCCUAACUUUCCCGGACUUGGAACGUUCUUCGAAGUAACUUUGUCUCACCUGGGCGUACCCCGAUUGCGGCUGGUUGUGUUUUCUCGGCUUUCCCCGCUCCUGCUGCUGAUUUUUCCAUCCUCUUUGCCGGGAGCAAAGGAAAGGGACAUUUUCCAGCGACACAACCCCUUUCACCCUGCCCCGCAGCUUGGCUCGCGCCUUUGGGCAGCGGCUCUCGCCUUUAUUUAUUCUAUUUAUUUAUUUAUUGGUUCUCAAGACGCGAGGGGAUGGUAACAGAGCGCGCCCGCAAAGCGGCAGCCGCCGGUGCCCGCGGCCCUGGCGAGCUGGGCACACCCGGGACGGUGGCGCUGGCUGUGGCGCCGCCGGAGCGCUGCGCGCGGCUGCCGAGCCCGGGGUCCUGCGGGUUGCUGGCCCUGGCCCUCUGCUCGCUGACGCUCAGCCUGCUCGCCCACUUUCGGACUGCGGACCUGCAGGCCCGGGUGCUGCGCCUGGAAGCGGAGCGUGGGGAACAGCAAAUGGAGCCGGCUAUUUUGGGACGAGUCAACCAACUGCUGGACGAGAAAUGGAAGCUCCACUCUCGCAGGCGCCGGGAGGCCCCAAAGACGUCUCCAGGAUGUCACUGCCCUCCAGCAUCGCCCACCUGGCAGAAUGAUGCCAUCACCACGCAGGUCCUGCACUGGGGCUACAACUGGGCGUCGCCUGGAUGCCGCCUUUUCCCUCACAUCCCAUCGAUCACGGAGCCCCACUGA